AUGGCAGAUAUUAAGCCUCCCUUUACCGCUGAAACAGCGUUGAAGAAAGUCAAGGCGGCUCAGAAUAUGUGGAAUACCCAGGACCCCCCACGAGUCGCACAGGCAUACACCCCGACAUGCAUAUGGCGAAACCGUACCUCCUUCUUCUCCGGGACUGACGCCAUUGUGGAAAUGCUCACGGCCAAGUGGAAGCGGGAGCACAAUUACCGUCUGCGCAAGGAACUCUUCGCCUUCACCGACGAUCGCAUAGCUGUGCAGUUCUGGUACGAAUAUCAGGAUGCAGAGGAUGGGAUGCGCUGGAAAAGAUGCUAUGGGUUGGAAGAUUGGACUUUCGAUUGGGAAAGCGGAAAAAUGUGCAAACGCAUGAUGAGCGGCAAUGAUAUGCUUCUCGGGCCGGACGGAAACGGGGAAGGUCGCUGGUUUGUUGAAGGGGUUGAUGUUAAUGAGGUCGCGAUUGGCAGCGAGCAUUGGUGA